AUGGCCAACUUCACAGCCAUUGCCGAAUGUGAGUGGUCUUUCGGGCCCGUCGCAACCCUUUGCGGCAACCAAUUCGACUUUACCCUUCUCUUCGAACAGUCUAUACUGAAUAUUGGCCCGUCUGCUGUACUACUUCUGGUCCUCCCUCUCCGGCUUCAACAGCUCUUCCAUCAACGUCGCAAAGUCCUACGACAUCCCUCGAAUGUCGCCAAAAUCGCCGCGUGCAUUGUUUUCGGUGGACUUCAGAUCGCCUUGCUCACGCUAUGGGCACAGGCGCCACACUCCGACCGCGUAUCGAUCGCUGCCGCAGUUCUUGGUGUUCUAGAUGCCUUCGCUCUCGCUCUCCUCAGCCACGCGGAGCACCUCCGAUCUAUCCGACCAUCCACCAUCAUCUGCGUCUAUCUUGCUUUCUCGCUCAUCUUUGAUGCUGUGCAAUGCCGAACGUUAUGGCUCCUCCCCGGCUUGCACAAGCUGGCGAGCGUAUUUAGUGCAGCACUGGCAGUAAAGCUGACCAUGUUUGUACUAGAAGUUCAAGGUAAACGCAGAUUCCUUCUCGCUGCUCUGCGGCACUUGAGCCCCGAAGCCACAAGCGGCAUCGUCGCCCGUGGUUUCUUUUGGUGGCUCAAUAGUUUGCUGGGGAAAGGUUUCAAAGCGACCUUGUCUGCUUCAACCCUCUACGACAUUGAUGAAGAGCUACGAUCUGAAUACCUACUCCAGAAGCUGAGCAGUGCUUGGAAUCAAAGGAGAGAGAAUGGGAAACUUGCCUUGUUACGCUCACUCUUCAGCAUGACGAAAAUGGCAUUGUUGUCCACGGCAAUACCCAGACUUGUCUUGAUUGGAUUCAGGUUCUCGCAACCGUUUCUCAUCAACCGAAUCAUCAGAUACGUGGACGGCGACCGAGGAUCUGAUCCUAAAUCUAUUGGAUACAGUCUUAUAGCUGCAACAGGUCUAGUCUACCUGGGCAACGCGUUGUCAAUUGGAUUCUACCAGCACACACUCUUCCGUUACAUCACCAUGAUCCGUGGAUCUCUAGUUUCCCUCAUCAUGUCAAAUAAUCUCGAUCUAGAUACAACAAAGGCAAGUGAUCCAUCAGCGCCCCUGACCUUGGUCAGCACCGACGUGAGGACUAUUUGCAAGUCCUUCGAAGAAGUCCAUGAAGUAUGGGCAAAUCCGAUCGAAAUCGUCAUUGCCACAUGGCUACUUGGAAGACAACUCGGUCUUGGAAGCAUAGGACCGGCAGUGACCGUCAUUGCUUGCACGAUUGGCAUCAUGAAAUUGUCCAAACUCAUGCCCCGAGCUUCCAAGAUUUGGAAUGAGGAGAUACAGAAGCGCAUUACAGUCACCUCAGAGGUUCUUGGUGUGAUCAAAGAGACAAAAAUGUUAGGAAUGGUGGACUUUCUUCAAAACGCCAUCCAAGAUCUAAAAAUUACAGAGUUGGGCAGAGCGAAACAAUAUCGCAUGCUCACCACCUACAUAAAUAUGCUAGGCAAUGCCCCGGCGAUGAUGGGCCCUGUUGUUACUUUCGGCCUUGCCAUACUUGCACAGGAGAUCAAUGCCGGACUGUCGCUCUCAAUUGCUACUGUCUUCACUUCGCUGUCCAUCAUUGAUCUGAUUUCCAGGGCUCUCGGUCACCUCCUCGCCUCAGUUCCGAAUCUCGUGGCAUGUUUGGGAAGUUUUGAGAGGAUCCAAACCUUCCUCGAACAGGCUAGGCCAACGGUCAGCACAGAUCCUGAUUAUUCUCGGACUGGAAAUCAGUCUGACCGUGGCUACGCUGGAACUGAUCAUAGCCUAAAGAUGCACGUUUUGCCGUCGAAAAACUCUUUCGGGCAGAGGAAUAUUGUGUCGAUACGGCGCGGUUCGUUUAGUUUCAAGACAAACGAGGAGCCCAUCCUGCAUGACAUCAACCUUCAUAUUCUGUCUUCGACUAUGACCAUUGUGAUUGGCAGAACUGGCUCUGGAAAGACCACCCUUCUCCGUGGUCUUCUAGGCGAACUGCCGUCCAACAGAUCUGUCAAUAGUCUAGAAGGCUCUGUGGCGUACUGUGCUCAGACAACCUGGCUUACAACCGAGACUGUCAAGGAAAAUAUUAUAGGACAAACACCUCCGGACGAGGACUGGUACGAGCGAGUAGUACAUGCUUGUGCUCUCGUACCCGACUUUUCUCAACUAGCAAACAGCGAUCACACAGUGGUGGGAAGCAAAGGGCACUCACUAAGCGGAGGUCAAAAGCAACGUAUUUCUCUGGCGCGGGCAAUAUUCUCCAGGAAGCCUGUUCUUAUCAUAGAUGAUGCCCUGGGUGGACUUGACAAUACCACUCAGACUCAUAUUUGGGAUUGUCUUUUCAGCCCACGAGGCCUAAUCCGCCAGUAUGGAGCGACCGUGAUCCUGACUACACACUCACUGAAAUAUCUGAAAUUUGCGGAUAACAUCGUCAUACUUGGCGACGACGGGCGAAUCGUCAGUCAGGGCGAUUUUGACACCGUUCAGGAAAGCACCUAUCUUCAAAACUUAUCUUUCGAAAACACGCAAUCCAAUGACAUAAAGGAAGUUGAUACCAAAGCCUCUUCAAGAUCUCGACAGCAAAGUCAGCCACAAAGCAAGGGGGUAGAGACUGAGUCCGACCAGGACCUCCUAAGAAAGGCGGCCGACACCACUCUAUACUGGUAUUAUUUGAAGUCCAUCGGUUGGCUGUUUGGCUUGGCAGGCGGAGUAACCUUGGUGUUAGGUUCUUUUUUCAGAGUGUUCCCUCACAUUUGGCUCAAGUUUUGGGCGGAAGAAGAUGCGAGGGCAGGCUCGGCAAAGACAGCCUUAGCACCAUUAUCGUUUUUUGGAUCAACAGACACCGGCGACUUGAUCAACAGAUUCAGCCAGGACUUGUCACAUAUUGACCAAGAUCUUCCCAUCGCAUUAUUCAUGACCUCAAUGAUGUUUCUGGAUUCUCUAGCAGCGGCCAUUCUCAUCUUCAUGGGUGCUAAAUACCUUGCAGCUGCUAUCCCAUUCGCGCUGAUCGCUCUAUACUUAUUGCAGGCUUUCUACCUGAGAACUUCUCGCCAGAUGCGAUUUCUCGUUCUCCAGGCGCAAGCACCUCUCCUCACCAAAUUAAUCGAGACGAUCGAUGGCCUGUCGACAAUCCGAGCUUUCGGCUGGCAGGCUGCCUUUCGAGAAACUUCGCUUGAUCUAUUGGAUCAGUCACAGAGGCCGUACUACUUGAUGUUUUGCAUUCAGCGCUGGUUUACUCUAGUUCUCGAUAUUAUUGUUGGUGCCAUCGCCAUAUUGCUUGUUUCGAUGGCCAUGAUGAUACCGAAUGCGACCAGUACGGGAGCCAUUGCCAUUGCGCUGUACAAUGUGCUCAACUUCAACCAAUCUCUGGCCACUUUGAUUACCUCUUGGACAGAGCUUGAAACAUCUCUAGGCGCUAUUUUUCGUUUGAGAACCUUUGUAUCUCGAACCCCAAUCGAUCCGACCCCUGAUGCCGGGGAGCAAGGGAAUAUUCCGCGCCAUUGGCCUUCCCAGGGUUUGGUCGAAAUAAAGAACAUCACAGUAUCUUACUCCGAGGAAACGAGGCCAGUACUGAAGGGCAUCUCGCUUUCUAUCCGGCCGGGAGAGAAGAUUGCGAUAUGUGGACGCACAGGCAGUGGCAAAUCAACCCUCAUUCUCGCGAUGUUCAAGCUGCUCGGCCUCGAUGCGGGCAGAAUCUUAAUCGACGGUCUUGAUAUUAGCAGUGUUCCCAACGAUUUACUCCGCCGAUCUCUCAUCGCCAUCCCCCAGGAGCCGCUUCUCUUCCCUGGAACUCUGCGUACGAAUCUCUUUCCCUUCAGCGACAUCUCGAGCGCGGAUGAGGUACCAUCCGACGCUAACCUCAUAAUUGCUCUAACCAAGGUUUCAUUGUGGCCAGCCAUCUUCUUGCAUGGGGGUCUCGACGCGGACGUCUCCAAUAUACCCCUGUCCAAAGGCCAAAAGCAGCUGCUGUGUCUGGCCAGAGCUCUCGUCCGGAAGAAUUCCAGCAAAGUCCUGGUUCUUGACGAAGCUACCAGUGCCGUCGACCGAGAAACCGAAGACAUGAUGGCCAGGGUCAUUGAGCGCGAGUUUGCUGAUCAUACAAUCAUUUCCGUGGUUCAUCGCCUCCAAGCCCUCCGUGGGAUUGACAGAGUUGUUACCUUGCAAGAUGGCCGAGUCGCAAGCAUAGAGCCUGCAGAGCACUGA